AUUCACCCGACCCAUCAGUCAGCCACUCACCACUACCGCGACCAGUCCAGGAAAAAAUGAGCCCGGAAAACCAAGAAGAAGCCGCAGCUGAAAAACCGCUGCUUUCAGCUGCAGGCUCCAGGUCCGGCGGGUCAAUUAGUGGUGCUAUCUUCAACGUCUCCACUGGCAUGGUGGGAGCUGGGAUUAUGUCAGUCCCUGCAACUUUUAAGGUCUUGGGUGUCGUUCCCAGCCUCUUUGCCAUAUUGGUUGUGGCCUAUUUUGUGGAGGUCACCGUCGAUUUCCUCCUGAAAUUCACCAUCUCCGGCGAGACUGAUUCUUAUGGUGGACUGAUGGCUGAGUCUUUUGGGAGAUUUGGGUCCCUCGCUCUCCAGAUAUGUGUGCUGAUUACCAACCUUGGCGCCCUUAUCAUUUAUUUAAUCAUAAUAGGUGAUGUGCUGUCAGGAAAUGAUUCUGAUGGAACAUUGCACCUCGGUGUCCUACAGGAGUGGUUUGGCAUCCACUGGUGGACCUCAAGGCCAUUUUCUGUCCUUGUUGUGGUGCUUUUUGUUAUGCUUCCCUUGCUUUGUUUAAGGCGCAUAGAUUCACUUAGACAUGCAUCAGCUAUAUCCAUUCUGCUAGCAGUGCUUUUUGUUGCUGUAUGCUCUGGAAUGGCAUUAUAUUCUUUGUGGAAAGGGGAGACCGAAAGUUUAAGGCUUUUCCCUGACUUCUCAAAUGGAAUCUCUUUUUUUGAUCUCUUCACUACCAUCCCAGUAUUCGCCACAGCCUUUGGAUGCCACGUGAACAUUCAUCCAAUCAGAGCAGAACUUGGCAGGCCAUCUGACAUGACCUCGGCAGUCCGGAUAUCCUUAGUGCUAUGUGUUGCCAUUUAUUUUGCCGUGGGCUUCUUUGGGUAUUUGCUAUUUGGGGACACAAUCAUGGCAGACAUGCUAGUCAACUUUGAUCAAAAGUCUGAUUCUUUCAUUCACUCAUUGCUGAACACCAUUGUUCGGCUGAGUUAUGCAGUUCAUCUCAUGCUGGUGUUUCCAAUCAUGAAUUAUUCUCUUAGAGUUAAUGUGGAUGAACUUUUGUUCCCAAAAGGACCCCUUUUGUCUACCAAAACUGCUAGGUUUUUAACUCUCACUGGCGUGCUUCUUGGAUUCAUGUAUGUUGCUGCUAUUUCCAUCCCAAAUAUAUGGUACUUCUUUCAGUUCAUGGGAACAACCACUGUCAUGUGCAUCAUGUUCAUUUUCCCAAGCUUGAUAAUUCUUAGAGAUGUUCAUAAAACAUGUACUAAGCAGGAUAAGAUGCUGGCGGUAUUGGUCAUUAUGUUUGCAGUUGGGACUAGUGCGACAGCCAUUUACUCUAAUGUAUCAACUUAUAUUAUCAAGAAGUAACCAGAUUUGAAGGCGAUAUAGCUAAUUCUUGAGGAUCAUUAGCAUGAUCCAUUGUUUAAAACACAAUUUGAAAAAUAAUUUUAGUGUUGUUGUAGAGAGUAGUUUUUGGCAGCCUCUUAGUGUAUCAGGUUAGAAAGUUGCUUCAUUGUAAUUAAUAGUAUUGUGUGCAUUUGUUGGUUCUUGAUCCUUCUAUUAUGCUGUAAUCCCUCAUGCCUAUUGUUGAGUUUAAUCCAACACGAUAUAAUAAAUAUAUGUAUAAAUGUGUAUGAACAAGCUAUUUUUACGUGGAAACCCGGAAAGGGAGAAAACCACGGGACUUUUUAGGCUAAUGUCCAAGCCCUCUCUUUCUCAUUA